UUUGUAUGCCUCUCUGUACAGAACGUUCUUCCACUUAUUACACUAUUUUGCCUCAGUUUUGGACCAAAUUUAACAAAUUUCAUAGCGAGUCAAUACAUUAUCACAUUGUUCAACGAUGUAGCGCCGAAAACCGCUGAGAAUUUCCGUGCCUUGUGCACUGGUGAGAAGGGAAAAGGUAAAAAUGGAUUACCGCUACACUUUAAAGGUUCUACGUUCCAUCGUAUAAUUCCGGAAUUCAUGAUUCAAGGAGGCGAUUUUACCCUAGGUGAUGGACGAGGUGGCGAGUCUAUUUAUGGUGAGAAAUUUAAGGAUGAAAAUUUUAACUUGCGGCACACCGGUUUGGGCUGUUUAUCAAUGGCAAAUGCUGGUCCUGACACUAAUGGAAGCCAGUUUUUCAUCUGCACGGCUGAUACACCAUGGCUGGACGGAAGACAUGUGGUGUUUGGCCAGGUUACUGGUGGUCUGGACGUAGUGAAGAAGAUUGAAUCUGUAGGUUCUCUUUCUGGUCGACCCAAAGAAAAAGUCACUAUUGUAGAUUGUGGAGAGAUAAAAACCGAUUAA